AUGGGCAACGCGCAGACUGCCGCUGAUAGGCCCGAAGAUCGUAGCCUCAAGUUGAGGCAGCCGCAGGAGGCUGGCUUCUUCGAGACUUAUGAGAUCGGGGACCUGCUCGGAAGCGGCUCCUUUGGCCAGGUUAGGAAGUGCUGGUUGCUGCAUGACGCGACAGUGAAGCAUGCGGUGAAGGCUAUCGACACGAAGAGCGAGGUCUUCGAAGUUGCAGGAGCCUGGCUGUCUGCACGGAAGGAGGCGAGCGUGCUUCAGUCCGUGUCGCACCCGCACAUCGUCAAGCUGAUAGAAGUCUUCGAGAAGGAGCGAUGGCUCUUUCUUGUGAUGGAGCACAUCAGCGGCGGCCAGCUGUUCCAGGCCCUUGCGAAUCCGCGAACGGCCAUCACUGAGGGCUGCGUCGCUCUGGUUGGAAGCCAACUCCUCCAGGCGUUGCAGCACCUGCACUUGCGACGCAUCAUCCACCGGGACGUCAAGGCGGAGAACAUACUCCUUGGGGAGGACCCCGCUAAGACGAGGCGGUGGCAUAUCAAGCUCAUCGACUUCGGCUUGGCGCUCCGCAUGGAACACUCCUCCAGUUUUAUGUUCCGAAUGUGUCAGCAGGAGCCUCCACUGGAGCACCUCGUGUGCGGGACGGCCUACUACUGCGCUCCCGAGGUGUGGUUCCACGACUACUCCCCAAGCGUCGACGUGUGGGCGGCUGGGGUUGUCCUGUACCUGGCCAUGUUUGGACAGUUUCCUUUCCACGAUCGAAACCCGACCCAGUUGGAGGUCCUGAUCUGUGAGGAGGACCGAGAGCCUAGCUACAGGCCAAUUUGCUCGCAGGAUCAUCCCAGCUAUCAGGCCUCCGCCGUGGCCACUGCGGCUUUGAAGCAGCUGCUCACCAAGGCGAGGGAAGAUAGGCCCGAUGCCUGCACAGCCUUGCACCUCGAGUGGUUCAAAACGGCCCACGACAGGAGCCUGGACAACGGGCAGCUCAGGCGGAACGGCCGCGAGGGCCCCGUUUGCAUCGCGGGUGUUCGUCUCCUUGGCUCCUGGGACCAGGUCAUCCCUCCAACACUUCGUGCCAAGGCAGGGCGCGCGGCAAUGCCUCCGGCGAUCGAGGCGGCGCAAGAGGAGAAAAGAACACAAGCGCUCGAAGCGAUGAAGAUGCGAAGCACUGCCUCUGCCUUGGGCAAGGCGGGCUCGCACCGGAGAUUUCCACGGCUCUCCGGGCGAGAGACGCGAACUCCGAUGUUCGAGCCGCUGGAGGUCUCUGGAGAGCAUGGGUUCCUUGAGCAAAGAGGCUUCGGCAUGCCAGUGCUGCACGACAUCGUCUCUUCCGCAACCUUCAGCGAUUCCGAGGGCGAGGACUUUGUCCGCCCUCGCCUGGCGUUACUCUGCAGCUGUGAGCCCACGGAGCACCGGUGA